AAAAAAUCUGUUAACUUUCGUGAAAUUCAAUUCAAUCCAGUUAUUUGGAAUUGGUUUUCUACACGGGAGAGCUUUACAGUGAUGGCGGCUCCUCGGAACUUAAUCGGUGACGGCGGGGGAAAGCUACUCAUGAAGGACGAAGAAAGCGCCGCCGCGUCUUCCUCGAAACGCACCAAAUCGGAGCGCUUUCCUCUUUCACGCUGGGAAUUCGUUUUGUUUUUCACCGUCUUCCUCGUCUUCACCGCCGGACUUCUGUGUAUUUACCUCACAAUGCCGGCCGCUGAAUACGGCAAGCUCAAACUUCCUACAACCAUCUCCGAUCUCCGAUUGCUCAAAGAUAAUCUUGGGUCUUAUGCAAGUGAGUAUCCAGCAAGAUUCAUUUUAGGUUACUGUUCCACAUAUAUCUUUAUGCAAACCUUCAUGAUACCUGGAACGAUCUUUAUGUCAUUACUUGCUGGAGCUCUUUUCGGUGUGGUUAGAGGUUUUGUUCUUGUCGUCCUCAACGCAACAGCUGGAGCCUGUUCUUGUUUCUUCUUAUCAAAAUUGGUUGGAAGGCCUCUGGUUUUCUGGCUGUGGCCUGAGAAGUUGAGGUUUUUCCAGGCCGAGAUUGGGAAAAGAAGAGAUAAGCUACUAAACUACAUGCUCUUCUUAAGGAUAACACCGACACUUCCAAACCUCUUCAUCAAUUUGUCUUCUCCAAUUGUUGACAUACCUUUUCACGUCUUCUUUUUAGCGACUCUAGUAGGUCUUAUGCCUGCUUCGUACAUUACUGUUAGAGCUGGUCUGGCUCUUGGAGAUCUCAAAUCAGUGAAAGAUCUCUAUGACUUCAAGACUUUGUCAGUGUUAUUCCUCAUUGGAUCCAUCUCCAUAAUUCCUGCUCUGCUAAAGAGAAAGAGAGUAUACGAAUGAAGACUGUUGAUGAGCAGCACUAUACUGUUGCAUUCCAGGGACUUUUAAGGUGUUUAUGAGCUCAACCUAAAGAAGAAGAUCGCUUUGGAGACAUCACAGAGUAUAAAACCGCUAACUCUGGCUUUGAUUGGUUUAUCACUAUGUUAUGGAUUCGAAAUUCUUUCUCUUAGUCUCUCAUUCCCUUGGUAUUAAGUGCUUUGUCUAGCUAGAAUACUGAAUUUUGAUUCCAAGAUUGGUUCUGUAUAUUGUAUCUUUAUUCAGAGAUCUGACUCUGCACCCUAUUGGCUUAUGUAAAAUGCGUGAAGACAUUACAUUGACCUGAAGAUGGAUAAUUCUGAUUCUCUACGGAA